CGAUGAUACACGCCCACCGUAUCUUGAGCGAAUUUCUGUUGAUGAUCAACGGGGAUGAGCCCGGUUGGCGUGUUGUGCUGCAGUGCUAGUCCGACGUUGGUCUUUUCCUUGGCUUGAAUAAGUGUAGAUUUUAUGCGUCUACUGUGAUAUCACUUUAUCAGAUCAAUGGCUUUUGCAUCCACCAAGAAGUAUAGUAUGGGCAUUAGGACUAAUAUCAACUCUGCAUGAAAUGUGUGGUAUCCCUGCAUGAACUGUUUUACCUGUCUCUGUGACCUUUAAAGAAUAUUGUUCUCUUGAAUAAUUUCUUCGCAAAGACUUUGCUGCAUAUAAAAGAAAAGAAGCUUGCUGGAUCUUCCUACCAUCAUUUUUUUUCAUUCCUCUGUUGCAUGACAAGUGUUCCUUUGUCUUAGAAAGCCUUGCAAUCAUCCAUCCAAAAACAAUCAUAAACUUUAUCCAUUUCAAGUCAUCCAUCGCUGAGAAACUCUGCUCCGCACAUCAUGUAUUCACAGGCAUCGAAGAAGCAAAAGAUGGAUCAGGGCUAUGUCGUUGACUUCCGUAGCGACACCAUCACUAAGCCAACGGAUGCCAUGCGCAAGGCCAUGAGUGAGGCUGUGGUAGGUGAUGAUGUCUUUGGUGAGGAUCCUACUGUCAAUGAACUACAAAACAAGGUGGCCAAAAUGAUGAAGAAGGAUGCUGCCCUCUUUGUUCCAACAGGGACAAUGUCCAACUUGAUCGCAGUAAUGGGUCAUUGUACUGGUCGAGGUGAGGAGAUAUUGCUAGGAGACAAGUGUCACAUCUUUACCUGGGAACAGGGUGGUAUGGCCCAGUUUGCUGGUGUGUGCCCACACACAGUCAAGACCUUACCAGAUGGAACUCUAGACUUGGAGGAGCUAGAGUCCAAGAUACGACCUAGCGAUGUUCACAUGGCCACCACCAAACUCAUCUGCAUCGAAAACACCCAUAAUGCAACAGGAGGCAGAGUACUUCCUCUUGAGUUCUUAAAGAAGGUGAGAGCUAUAGCAGAUAAGCAUAAUCUGAAGGUUCAUUUAGACGGUGCUCGUCUUCUUAACGCAGCCGUUGCUAUGGAUGUUACCCCUGAUGUCAUCACCCAGUAUGUUGACUCUAUCAGUCUCUGUUUCUCAAAGGGACUUGGCUGUCCAGUGGGGUCUGCCCUUAUAGGAUCUAAUGACUUCAUCGCAAGAGCUUUGAGGCACAGGAAAGCUUUAGGGGGAGGUAUGAGACAGUGUGGUGUGCUUGCCGCUGCUGCUCUGGUGGGCAUAGAUCAAGGAUAUGCAAGACUACAUGUCGACCAUGAAAAUGCUCAAAAGCUAUCCAAAGGUCUAAAAGAGAUGGGCAACCCAGUCUUCACUUCCAUCCCAGAGAACACACAGACAAACAUGGUACAUGUUCUAAUACGAGAAGACAUUCCAUCCAUGCAAGCCGCUCAGCUCCUAGGAAACGUCGCUGAUGAUGAAAUCGCCACCCUCGGUCAGAGUAUUCAGGUAAAACUGUUUCCAGAGACUGCUAACUCAUUGCGAGCGGCCAUGAAUCACCAUGUCACAGAGAAAGAUAUCGAAAUGGCUCUAAAGAAAUUCAAAUUCAUUGGAGAAAAGCUGGACAAGAAUGGACUUAAAUAAAGAGUGGUUAGGUUGAGGAUCAUUAUAAGUGAUUCAGAUUUCAGAAUUUGUUCUUGCAAGGAUUCAUCAGGGCUUAUUAUGUCAAUAGCAUAUUAUGUGGGUAAAGGAUUGUGGGAUUUUGGUUUGAGGAUUGUGGAAGUUUUGAAUAUGGGUGAGGUGAGGAAUGAAUUCAAUAUUUUUAUUUUAACUAUCCAUUCAUCCAUCCAUCCAUCAACCCACACAUCCAUACAUCUUUCUAUUGUUAGUUUUUUUAAAAUUUAUUUAUUUAUUGAUUCAUUCAUUUAUUUAUGUAUUUUAUUAUUGAUAUAUUUUAAUUUUUCAUCAUCAUUAGUAUUUUUUUUUUUUUGGGGGGGGGGUCAGAUUAAGAAAGGCAUGUAAUAACAUUCAGCGCAAAACCAAAAAUCACUGCACUGAGGGUGAAACUUCUUUUAUUUGUAAAGUUUUAACAAAUUUUUAAAGGGGUAUAAUUGCCUGCCCCCCCCCCCCCACCCUGUUCAAUCAACAUCAAAUAUGAAUGGCUCUUGAAUGAAUUUAAUGAUGAUGAAUUGGUGAAAGAGCAAGUAUUCUGAUAAAGUAUAUUUUUUCUAAAUUCACAUCAUUAUAUGAUGUUAUCAUUGUAAAUUAUAAUUGCCUGCCCCCCCUCCAACCCUGUUCAAUCAACACCAAAUAUGUAUGGCUCUUGAAUGAAUUUGAUGAUGAAUUGGUGAAAGAGCAAGUAUUCUGAUAAAGUAUAUUUUUCUAAAUUCACAUCAUUAUAUGAUGUUAUCAUUAUAAAUUAUAUGUUAUUAUUCAUGUACAUACAAG